CUAGAGGUUUAUUCCUUCAGAUUCUCUUUGAAUUUGCUUGAGAUUCCCCCCAAUUUCUUUCACUACAAACAAUGGAUGCGUUCUCUUCAUUCUUCGAAUCCCAAUCGAGAAGCAGAUGGAGUUACGAUACUCUCAAGAAUUUCCGUCAGAUCUCUCCCGCUGUCCAAACUCAUCUCAAACAGGUUUACUUGACCCUAUGUUGUGCACUGGUAGCCUCUGCUGUUGGAGCUUAUCUCCACAUCCUUUGGAACAUUGGGGGUUACCUCACCACAUUUGCAUGCUUGGGAACCAUUUAUUGGCUCCUCUCCACCCCUCCUUAUGAAGAACAAAAGAGGGUAUCUCUUCUGAUGGCAUCGGCAGCGUUCCAAGGGGCGUCAGUUGGUCAUCUGGUUGACUUGGCCAUUCAGAUUGACCCAAGUGUUUUGGUAGCUGCAUUUGUGGGAACAGCGUUGGCCUUUGCAUGUUUUUCAGGAGCAGCGAUGUUAGCAAGGCGCCGAGAGUACCUUUACCUUGGUGGCUUGCUUUCAUCUGGUGUGUCCAUGCUUCUCUGGUUGCAUUUUGCUUCCUCCAUCUUUGGUGGUUCCACAUCACUCUUUAUGUUCGAGAUCUACUUAGGCUUAUUGGUGUUUGCGGGAUACAUGGUAGUUGACACGCAGGAGAUAAUCGAGAAGGCACACUUGGGUGACCUAGACUAUGUGAAGCAUGCCCUGACCCUUUUCACCGACUUCAUAGCCGUAUUUGUUCGCAUUUUGGUGAUCAUGUUGAAAAAUUCGGCGGAGAAGAGCGAGAGAAGGAAGAAGAAGAGAGACUGA